AAUCAGGCGUUGUGCUCGCAGCACCACUUUCCAAGGAAUUAAGUUGUGUCUUAAAAACAGACUGGGAGUGAAGUCGAUUUUACCCUAUAAACUAGCGAGGUGGGUAUGGAUCCAGAGAGACAGAAACGCAAGGAGGAAAUUGAGAAAGCUCUGGGAUUCAUUCAGUCAUCUUUGCCUUUUCCUGAUCCUGAAGGUUAUGAGGCAUUUUUGACUCAGUUAGUGUGCAAUUUGCUGGAUGAAGGUAACACAGUGUUUCGAGACGGAGAAUGGAGGCAGGCAGCAGCACACUACAGUGAGGGUGUUAAUGUAGCCCGGUAUGCCCAGUCUGAAGCACUGGUGAUUCCUCCAGAACUGCUGGAGAGUCUGUAUGUUAACAGAGCAGCUGCACACUAUAACCUUGGUGAGUAUGAGCGAGGGGUGCAGGACUGUGACAGUGCCCUGUGCGUUUCAGAGGGCAGCCGUAGAGCACUCUACAGGAAAGCAUUGUGCCUCAGAGAGCUGGGUCGAUUCAGGGAGGCCUACGAGUGUGGCACUGGCUGUCUGCUCACUGCGCCUCAUGACAGACAAGUCAGCGAACUGGCUCAGGAUCUGGCCAUGAAACUUGGCUUGAAACUCCGUAAAGCCUAUAUCAGCACACAGGAUGACUCUAUGGCAUCUCAACCAGACAGUAAUGGAGAAACCGCUUCUUCUACAGGGGAUACAUCAUCAAAUGGGCUUGAGUCUUUGACAGAUAUUGGGUCAGACUUGUCGAAUGCCCAGUGCAUUCCUGCACCUUUGGCCACUCCAAUCCCAGUCAGUGAUGAUCCACCGAUGCCAUCUCUGAGUCCAGUAGAACCCCAGGAUACACCAGAGAGCCCAAACCAAGUACCCACAGGGCGGGUACAAUAUUCUGUGCCUGUGUCUGAGCAUAUGGGUGAAUGUGUGAUAAAUGAAGAUUUGGACAGCCUGCUGGAAAACAUUCCCAAAGGAGCUGAGGUCAGCGUGAACCCUGUUCAGGGUGCCAUUCCUACUAACCUACCAAACACAGCAGUAGGAUUGCGUCCUCCCUACCCCUCUGGACUCCCAGCCUCUUCCUCCCAGCUCACGCCCCCUUAUUUUGGCUCCGUGGUCAGCCCCCUUACUCAGCUGGAUGCCUUCUCUGUGCUGGGGCAGAGUGAGAGUUCCACACAGGCCAUGGAGUCUCUCAUCUCAUUUAGUUCUGAAACUGGAGAUGCUCCGGGGAGAGUCAGGACUGAAUCGCUGAGCACAGAAGGGCUCGACUCACUGUCUGAGUACACACUACCAGGAGGAAGAGUCUCUACUAGUUUCAUCCCUGGGUUACGGAACCAUAGUGCCAUCCACACACAGAAUGGCUCAGCUGCCACCAACCUUUCUCUGCUGUCCCGGAACCCUCUGGCUGCCACCCAUGAGUUUAGACAGGCCUGCCAUGCCUGCUACAGCCGUAUAGGUCCUCGGGUCAUGGAUUAUAAAUACCAACCUGAAGCAGCUCAUCGCUGUAAGAGAGAUGUACUGCUGUGUCGCCUCAAAUCGUCUGACGAUACCACUUGGAAGAGGAUAAGACCUCGCCCUGCCCGCAAUAACUUUCUAGGAGCAUUCGUUCUCUGCAAAGAGGUGCAGGAGCGUCAAGAGUGCCAGUACGGGGAAAACUGUACCUUUGCCUAUUGCCAGGAAGAGAUAGAUGUGUGGACUCAGGAGAGAAAAGGAGCCCUGAGCAGAGAGCUUUUAUUCGAUCCUCUGGGCACAAACGAGAGAAGAGCUCUUAGUGUCACACGCCUUCUACAGCUUCAUAUGGGCAUGUUCAUGUUCCUCUGUGAGGAGUGUUUUGACAGUAAACCUCGUAUUAUAAGCAAGCGUAGCAAAGAGAACCUAGGUGUCUGCUCCAACCUUACUGCAAGACAUCCUUUUGAUGAUAACAAGUGCCUGGUGCAUGUGGUCCGCUCAGCCAACGUGCGCUACAGUAAGAUUAGACCGCUACACCCUUUGUGCCAGUUUGAUGUAUGUCGCCACGAGGUGCGCUAUGGCUGCCAGAGAGAAGACAGCUGUUCUUUUGCUCACUCAGUAAUUGAGCUCAAGUGCUGGGUGCUACAGCAGGACACAGGUAUCACACAUGAGGAGAUGGUACAGGAGUCGAAGAGACACUGGCAAAGACUGGAGCAGAAUGCUCAACGACAGAAGCCUAUGCAUGUGCCUCAUCAGACCAGUAGCAACAGCAAUGCUGUAAGCAAUACUGGUGUAGGGAGUGGUGGAAUGGCUGGUGGAGGCGGCGACAGCAUUGGAGGUGGAGGCUCAGGAGGAGGCAGCUGUGGGCGAGCCCGAGGGCUCAACCUGAAGAUGAAGUUUGUGUGUGGUCAGUGUUGGAGGGAAGGCCAAGUCAAUGAGCCGGACAAGGCACUGAAGUACUGCACUGCCAAAGCCAAACACAGCUGGACGAAAGAGCGCCGGGUGCUGUUAGUAAAAUCAUUUGAGAAGAAAAAGUGGGUAGUAGUACGACCGUUGCCUUUCUCCCGGACUUACCCUCAACAGUAUGAUAUGUGUGUUCAUGUGAUGAAACAGAAGAAAUGCCACUAUAUUGGGAACUGCUCUUUUGCGCACAGUUUGGAAGAGAGGGAUGUGUGGACCUACAUGAAGAACAACAGUUUGAGAGACAUGCAGCAGAUGUAUGAUUUGUGGUUAUCAUUAACCAAUCAGAACCGUCGAUCAGAUGGCACCCUGAUAACUCCGCCUCCUGAGGAAAAACAGAGUACCUUGCCAGCUGACUAUACAGAGUCAAUGGGUGGGCAGCGGUUGUCUGGAAAUGGGGAUUUGUAAUCCUGGCCAAAGCGUGACUAGCAGGCCAAGCAGCUACCUAGAUGAGGCGUCUUACAAAAAGAUCCAGCUGUCCACCAGAUGUCAGUUUGUAUGGCCUUGUUCCACUUUUUGGUGCAACUUCGGGAAGCGUUGUGUCCUCCUGUACUGCAGACAGCCUAACCGUAGGUCUAAUGGUGUUUGUGAACAUGCCCGUACAUGCAUUUCUUAUUUAUGGUCACAUGCAUUCAUCGGUUCAUUGUCUUUACAUUUGACUGGUUAUAAGAAAAUGCACACCAGUCAUUUGACAACCCAUGGCCAUUUUGAAUUCCCAAACUGGUGUAAGCUUACAAUUUAAAAGAAAAGAAAAAAAAAGUUUCCCUUCCCUGCUUGCUCCUCUUACAGUGCUGUUAAAACUUGCGCUCAGUCAAAUGCAAUCUGGUUACCCCACUGACUAGUACAUUUCUGGGCCAGCUUCCUCUUCAAGACGUUUUCUCCUAUUUUAUUAUGGUGCACCAUAUUAGACAGCAGAAAAGGUUACCUGUUCUUUAUGAAGAUGUUUGAUUUGUCCCAGUGCUUUCUUAAAUGAGUGGUGCAUCACUCCGUAUACUUGCCAUAUUGGCAGAACAAAAAUGAAUGUAUAGCUAGCAAAAGGCCGUAAAAAAAAAGUCAUUUAAAAGUUUUAAAUGUGGAAUGUAUUUGACACACCUUGGCAAACAGUUACGUUAUAACUUCAAAUCACACCCCUUUUCCUCUGGCAUUCUCCUUACUACUUAUUGAACUAGCAUGUAGGUUUACUGCUUGUGUAACUCCACCUGCCAGUCCUGCGUGCACAUACUUGCGUUAACAGUUUGCACAGAGUGAGCUGUGAAAAGGGCAGUAUUUUGUAAGGACAGUGGAGGGCACUGGAGAUGUAUUUGCACAAGGCAUAAGGGCUGCUUGAGUCCAAUCUGAUUUAUGCAGUUCAAAAGCUCAAUUGUGGUAUGUCUUUGAAACGAAAGGUGAUCACUUUCACUGAGCAGUUUAAGGAGGGUAAAUGAUUAGAAGUAGUUUCAAUUGAGCUUAUACCCUGUGCUGUUGGAAGUUAUAGAAUGUUUGGUACUCACAGGGAUAUACUAAAAUUUAUUUUUUAAUUCGUCACAGUUCAGAUUGGGCCAGAUCGCCUGAAGUUUUCCAUAAUUAAGUAUCUAUCAAUUUCAGUUGAAUGAGCAAAGAAGAAGGCAAAUAAGCUCUUAACAUGGUGCACCUAUGCAUAAUUAUAAUCCCUCCAAUAAUAUAUCAUCACAGUACCUUGCCUCCUUUAGUUAGUCUUGUCCAUAUCUAUGGUGGACAUAAUGUAUACACAUACAUAUUUACUAUAUCGUAUACUACUAAUGAUUAUUGAUAACUUAGCAGUUAAGCUUAAAUAAAUAUAACCUGACCUUGUGUUGAUUACAUAGAAUCUGUUAUUAAGCUAUGCUAUAUGACCUGUAUUGCUGAUUAGAAGAUUAGUUUUUUUCCCCUUGGCUUCUGUAGGGGGUCAUUCCAGGAAAGUCAAGUUUUGUGAGCUUUUUUUCAAACCAAACUACUUUAGAUAGAAGAUAUUGAUUGUAAUAAAUUUCCUGCUAAACACACUAACACCUAGUGCAUGAUGGAAAUCUUGUAUUUUGAGACUGUUCAGAGAAGAAGGCAGGAUUUUAUCAAGCAGGCUUUGGGUGUGAAUGCAUUAUGAGCUGUGCCUCAGCUGUAGUGAAUGAAACUUCCAAACAGCUUGAAUAUUGAAUGAAGGACUUUAUGGAAUGACCUAUAUGUAUGCUUUACUGAGGGAUCUUAUUAUUAUUAUUAUUAUUAUUAUUAUUAUUAGUAGUAGUAGUAUUAUUAUUAUUAUUAUUAUUACUACUACUACUACUACUACUACUACUGCUAUUAUUAUUAUUAUUAUGAUAAGGAUUGCUAUUAUGACUUUCUAUCCUUCUGUAUUCUAUUGAUAAAUGUAUAUGUUCAUUGGAAUGUAUAACUCUCUUUAAAUAUAUGUACCCAUGUAUGAAUCUAAAAACUUAAGUGAAUUGUCUAUGUAUGCCGAGUGACCUUUACAGUUUAGGGAGGGGGGCUGGUGUAGAUACAUGUGUUUGAGGUUUUACAAUGGUCAUUAGUUGACUGGAAGACAAGUAUAAAUGGUUUGUUCUCUCAAUUUUGCUAUUAGACCCUUAGGUUUCAACUAAACCAAAAAGGUCCAAUAGCAGUAUGGGUUUAUAGUUGGAAAUUCUACUGGUAGUUGUAUCAUGUGUUUGCUUUUGCCCUUUAAUGUCAGUGGUGGUUUAAUAAUUUCCUGUCAACAUGUAUAGUCCCUGACAUUACUAAAAUAAUGGAUAUUUCCAGAACAGUUUGAGUUUAACUAUAGUGAGAAUAAAUUGAUUGUUGUUGUUUAUUUAAAUGCUUAGCUGAUCCACUCUUGUUUUCCUCAGUCUUUGUGAUGAAACCCUCAAGCACAUGUAUUUUCCAGGUGUAUUAUUAGGAUACUAAGCAUAUAUAUUUUUGUUUGCAUAGCGCUUUAUACAAUAUAAACAAACAGUUAUAAGAAAUCUAACAUGUAUAACCUUUCUCCUACGGUGUAUAUUUCUAUACACACUUAGACAACUUGCAUCUGUUGGCUAUCUGAUGAAGUCAGAGACUGAUGUUAUAGGUUGUUAGGGGCAUGCAGCUUGUCUCAGGCAUUCUUCUGUGGACAUGCAGUGACUUUUCAGUGGAUUGUCCCAUUUUACUAGUUCAUGCGUUUGGCCUCAGGUUGACAAUCCGCAAAAGUGUCACUUAGCCAAGAGAAAAGAACAAAGGUUUAGAUUAUAGAAACCGUCUCAAUCAUGGUAGUGGGUAAAAAGGUCAUAUCAAAUGGUCAGAAUCUCUUCCCAUUGGCUAGAGCGAGCAUCAUCCAGUCAAACCAACCCCCAUCAGUUUCAACUUAAGUUAACUUUAUUUGAAUGUGAACCUGCAACAUUCUGGGUUUUUUUUGGAGUUUGACUUCUUCCCCAAGUAUUUUAAGCCAAUGGGGAAAGGUUGCACAUGGUUAGAUGACCUCUUGUGUUUCAUACUCUCUAGCAUUUAUCUUGAAUCUGAGAUUGUAACAUGGUAAUCUUGACCUGAAAAUUCCAUAUUCACCCUGAAUAGGAUUUCUUGUCUUUCGAACAGAACACACAUACACGCAAUGGAUUUAUCACGAUGCUGUUUUCUGUCAAGAUGAGUUAUUUUUCAACUGCUUAAUGUAACUGAUAAAAAUCUGGGUUUUGGGGGAAAAAAAGAAACAUUGCCUCUUUUUGUACUGUAUUUUUACAUUUAUGUUUUUGUUCUCCUUUUUUGCUCCCUGGUUGGAAAUGAAUAAUGAUCACAGUGGACCAAAUCUUGUGAGUGUUUAACAAUAAACAGACUGUUUUAGAAAAA